CAAAAUGGUUGCAUACGGAAAAGCAGCUCUUUUCUGCACCCUGAUUUGCUUUUGCCUCAUUUCAGGUACUGAAUGCUUAACUAGUGGAUCAAACAAUACAUUUACUGUCCAGCGUGGAGGAUCAGUCACUAUCCCGUGUUAUUAUGACAGUAAAUACACACAGCAGAGAAAGUUCUGGUUCUCAGAGGCUGAUAACUAUGCAAUAUACACAAACUUUACGAGUGAAACUGUGUCAGUAAUUGAUCAUCCUGCUCAGAGUCUCUUUACUAUGACUAUGAGAAACCUGAAGAUGAAUCAGUACGGAGAGUUUUAUUGUUUUGUGGAGACAUAUGAAGGAAAUAAAACCACCUAUGAAGGUCUUCUCGAGAUUAAAAAUGCUCCUGAUGUGUCUGUGGUGUCCAGCAGUGUAUCUGGAGAUGAAGGUGGUAAUAUCAGUGUAAAGUGUCUCUAUAGUUCUGCAUAUAAGAAUAAACACAAACAGUGGUGCAGAUAUAAAGACAAGAGCUGUUACACAUCCCAGAAUUCAUCAGUUCAGAUCAGUGAUGAUGAGAGAGAAUCUUUCACUGUGUUGAUGUCUGGACUGAUGCUGAGUGAUUCUGGCUGGUACUUCUGUUCUGUAGGAGAUCGACAGGCUCCUGUUCAACUCACAGUCACUGCUCCUGAUGUGUCUGUGGUGUCCAGCAGUGUAUCUGGAGAUGAAGGUGGUAAUAUCAGUGUAAAGUGUCUCUAUAGUUCUGCAUAUAAGAAUAAACACAAACACUGGUGCAGAUAUAAAGACAAGAGCUGUUACACAUCCCAGAGUUCAUCAGUUCAGAUCAGUGAUGAUGAGAGAGAAUCUUUCACUGUGUUGAUGUCUGGACUGAUGCUGAGUGAUUCUGGCUGGUACUUCUGUUUUGUAGGAGAUCGACAGGCUCCUGUUCAGCUCACAGUCUCUGCUCACACCAUAGAGAACAACACUGAGACCACUAAUGAUACAGGAAGUUCUGACGGCAGUGGAGAAUCAACAUUAAAUGAUCAGCAAAAAGAGAAAAAUAUGUCGCUGUGGCUUCCAGUUUCUGCCGGUCUAAUGAUGAUAAUAAUUAUGGUUGCUGUUUGCACCUGGAAAUGGAAAAAUAGAUCCGCAGAAGAUAAAAAACUGAUGAAGAAUAAUGCCCCAGACACUGUCACAGUUGAAGAGACAGUGAUAUACAGCACUAUAAAUGAUGAAAAUCCAAAUAACAUAUCUCAGCUGCAAUUUAAAGCAAACACAAUUUACAGUUCUAUGGAAGACCCAGCUGAGUGUGAAGGACAGUCUCCAGCAGGUGGCACUGUCUACAGCACUGUAGCGCCACAUUGAUCAGCAGCACAGAUUCACAGUACAGGAACACAAGUUUGAAUCCUACCAUAAACCUAAUGUUUUGACCCAAAAAAUCAUCAGGGCCCGUUUCAAUAAGGAGGUUCAACCAAGUCUAGGUUAAACCUUGAACUCAGAGUUGGUUUACAUAGAAAUUAGAAACUUUGCCAUCAUCAUUGAAUCUCCGAUAUGACUUUUAAGCAACAUAAGUAACAGGCCAGUGAGCGUUGUGGACCUUUUGGGAAAGGGUUUGAAGGUUAAUCCGGAAUUUAAGGCAGUUUUAACGUUGUUAGAGUUUACAGGACUAGACCACAGGGUUUAAUGUAUGAGGAUGAGGGUCAUGAUGCUCCUGCCCCAUCUAAGAGGUUGAGGAGACCAGUGCGGAAACUGGAGGAGCUGAACAAGCAGCGCCAGAUGAAGCUUGGGCUCUGAUCCUCUGAGAUGGAUGGGGCGUUACAAGGUCCUUUUUUAGCAACACAGAUUCAUCACCCAUGUGCGCAAGAUAUACAGUAGGUGGCGUUAAUACUCCUAAAGAGUGAACAGCCAUUCAACCAAAAUAAGAAGAAGACUCUCCGAUACGACGAUUCACCAUGGCUACGGCACCAAAAAAAGCAACAUGGCGGCAGGAAGCACUUGAGAUCGAGGCACACUUUCCUUACAGUGGAUUUACUGAUGUGCUGAAAAUGAAUUAAGUUUAAAUUAAUAAAUACAUAAUUGUACAAUUUAACAAAUCAAUUAAUCAAUUAAUCAUUACAUGAAUGAAACAACAGAAAUAAGACAAAAUAGAUCGUAUGUCCUCACUCGCCAUCAGUGCUCUAGUUAUACAAAAGAAACGUCAUAGUGUAUAAUACGCCUGUAGGGGAAAUGACAAAGUUCCACAGGGGUCCUAAAUUGCUCUGCAAUCAAAGUACACCCUGAUGAAUUAAUGCGGCCUCUUCAUGUACUUCCUCUAUAAAAGCACAUAUGACAUCUUAGUCAGUGAGAUGGUCUCUGUGUGAUCAACACGUGUGCCAUAUUAAUGAAUGAGGAACACCACUUUCUCUUUAAAAGGGGGAGGAGAUCCCGACCAGGUUAGGUUCAGAGUAAGUUACUAUUGUUACUGACUCUGAGUAUGAGUGACCUCUCCUUUAGAAACGGGCUUGAGUUCCCUCGCUUUCUCGGAUUUGACAUACCUCACAUUCUGAGUUUCCCUCAUUUCAGGGUCAAUAUACUCAGAGUUUCACUAAACCUCCUUUCUGAAACGGGCCCCAGUUUGUCAUCAUAACAAUUCUUGUUCCGGUUACUUGUUCCUAUUAAACAGCUCAGCAGCUUUGCUUCAUCAGCGGCAUCUGCAGCCUAAUCUGUAUUCAAGUACCUGAAUAUAUUAUGCUUUUUUAUAUUAUUUAUAAUUGGAUGUUUUAUGUACCCACUUUAAUAAAAGACCUAUUUUGACAUAUUAGCGAUCACAAAUCCAAGGACUGAAUGCACUUAUGCAGUUAAUUUGUUUGCUUUAUUUGUACUUGCUAAAAGGUCAAAGUGCACUCUAAAAAUGCUGAGUUGUUUUAACACAUUGUUGGGUCAGAUAAAACAUAUUUUCUUAAAUGAAUGUCCCUUUCGAACCCAACAUUUUUAGGAAACCCAUUUUUUCAUAUGUCUUUGCACAUAUCCUUUCUCUUUUUAUAAGUACUUUUACUGUUUCAUUGCUUUAUGUUGAAACUGUCAAUGUUUCUGGUUGUGUGCUUUGAUUUCAUUAGGUGGAUUUAACGUUCUUAACAGCUAUUCCAUAACAACAACACUUCUGGUCCUCCAAAGAAACUUUUAGUUAAAGAUUCCCCAAAGAACCAUUACUUUCUUAUGUUUUUUGCAGUGUGAAGAGCCUUUUUCCACAACAAAGAACCUUGUGUGGAACAGAAAAGUGUGUGAAAGCGUCUUGGAAUCAUAGCUUAAUAAUAGAACCUUUUAGCAACAUUUAUUUUUAGUAUAAACCCUCAUAUAUAGUAUCUGUAUAUAUAACAACAUUAUAUUUUGUUUGUUUUUUAUUCUUGUAUUAUUUUUGUUGUGUUUAUUUACUAGUUGAAUUCUUUUGGAUGUAUUCUUUAAACUUUUUAAACUCUACUUUUUCUCACUUCACACAUGAAAGUCACGUCUUUUAUGUAUGCAAUAACAUGAAAUGAUUGUCAUUUUAAAACUGUUGAAAGAUAUUUACAGCCAUUUGCUUUAAAAUAAAUCAGUUUUGUGCUUU